GUAACUAUGUGCUAGCAUCAUCCAAGCGAGUCUUUAUAGCAAGUCAUUUUGAGUUUUAUUUUACGUUCCUCACCAUGGAUUCUGCUAAGUCGGAAGAUCAAUUUCUGCGGCAUGUGGAAAAAGAUGUUCUUAUUCCAAAGAUCAUGAGAGAGAAGGCAAGAGUGUUGUGUUCUGAUAAAGUAGAAGCUUUUACAAAAUGUUGCAAGGAGAGUGGCCUCCUGAUGGUGGUGAAAUGCCGAAAUGAAAACGCAGCGCUGAAGGAGUGCCUGACUCUUCACUACAAAGAUCCGGCUUUAUAUGAAGAAUGCAAGCAGGAAUAUUUAAAAGAAAGGGAAGAGUUUCAAAAAACAGGAAUCUCGUCAAAGAAAAGGCAAGAGAAAGUGCCAAAUAGUAUAUAAUCAAACUGUCUUCUCCUGAGUGUUUCCCCAUUUCUAGUUUCUUAUAAUAAAUGUUUCUUUUGUAAAAAAAAA